UCCACCGUUACCACAACCCAUAGUCUCAUCUCACAUUUGUUAUCACUCUUUGCUUAGUGCGCAAAACCCCAACUAUGAAUAAUAAUUACGGUAUAUAAAUGUCAUUAAAAAAGCCAAGAGCUUAACCCCCAACAAGCUCAGAGAUUUCAACUUUCAAGAAUCUAACACAGUUACGAAUUCCACGCAACAAAGAAUCAAAAGCAGCCAUAAAUAUCAAAAGGGUGUGUGAGAUUUUGUGUUCUUGAAAGAAAGAAAGAGAAAAGGGUGGUGUUGAAGAUGCAGAAGAAAAGGUGGAGGAAAGUGGCUACUGUGCGCAAGAUGUUAACUUUUGGCAUAGCUGCAAUAGCCCUUGUGGCUCUUCUAUAUGUUCAUGUCGAAUUUCCUGCAUCAGAAGUUACCAAGUUGCCUGAUAAACUUCCCACGCAACAUGAAUCUUCAUACCAAAAGCUGAGUAGAGAGCGAAGCUGGAUUCAAGAACUUGCCCCACCCCAUUUGCCAAAGACUCCUCUUGCUGCUCGCAAGUUAGAUGUUGCAAGUCGGAAUGGGAGUCUGGACAAGUUAUGGAAACCGCCCCCAAAUCGUGACCAUGUUCCUUGUGUUGCUGCAAGUCCAUUAUAUACACCUCCUCCAGAGUCCCGAGGCUACCUGCUGGUUCAUGCCAAUGGUGGGCUCAAUCAGAUGAGAGCUGGGAUAUGUGACAUGGUUGCUGUUGCUCGUAUCAUAAAUGCUACUCUUGUGAUCCCUGAGCUUGAUAAGCGCUCACUUUGGCAGGACUCUAGCAACUUUUCCGAUGUCUUUGAUGAAGAACAUUUUAUUGAUUCUUUGAAAAACGAUGUAAAUGUUGUCAAAAAACUACCAAAGGAACUAGCAUCUGCAACUAAAGCAGUUAAGCACUUUAGGAGUUGGUCUGGUGUGGAUUACUAUGAGGAAGAGAUUGCACGACUGUGGGAUGACUACCAGAUCAUUCGAGCUGCCAAGUCUGAUUCAAGAUUGGCGAAUAAUAACCUGCCUCCUGAUAUUCAGAAGUUGCGCUGUCGAGCUUGUUAUGAAGCCCUUCGAUUUGCUCCCAUGAUUGAAGCAAUGGGAAAGAUGUUGGUUGAUCGGAUGAGAUCAUAUGGCCCCUAUAUUGCUUUACAUUUGCGAUUUGAAAAGGACAUGCUUGCUUUUAGCGGAUGCACACAUGAUCUAUCCCCAGAAGAAGCUGAGGAACUGAAGGCAAUUAGGGAAAACACCACAUGGUGGAAAGUGAAAGACAUUGACCCUGUAGAACAGAGAAGUAAAGGCUAUUGUCCAUUAACUCCAAGAGAAGUUGGACUAUUCCUUUCCGCUCUUGGAUUUCCAUCAAACACUCCAAUAUAUAUUGCUGCUGGAGAGAUAUAUGGGGGUGAUUCCCAUAUGUCUGAUCUGUUGUUGCGCUACCCCUUAUUAAUGAACAAGGAAAAGUUGGCUUCUAUUGAGGAGCUUGAGCCAUUCGUCAAUCAUGCAUCUCAAUUGGCCGCCCUAGACUAUAUCGUGUCUGUUGAGAGUGACAUAUUCAUUCCUACGUACUCAGGAAAUAUGGCAAGAGCAGUUGAGGGACAUCGUCGAUUUCUGGGGCAUAGGAAAACAAUAUCUCCUGAUAGGAGAACUCUUGUCCGGCUUUUUGACAAAAUUGACCAGGGUACGAUGAAAGAGGGGAAGAAUCUGUCCAAUCGCAUUAUUGAAAUCCACAGGAGGCGGCAAGGAUCGCCAAGAAAGAGGAAAGGGCCAAUUUCAGGUACAAAGGGAACGGAUAGGUUCCGUUCAGAGGAAGCAUUUUAUGUAAAUCCUUUACCAGACUGUUUGUGUCGGAAGGAAUCGUCAUACAGGAAUAAUUCUCAUAGUAUCAGGUAGUUCAGAUGAAGCCAAGUUCCAUGUGGUUGCAUUAGUGUUGCUGUUUCAGUCUUAUUUUAUUGACGCUGGAGCAGGCAACGAGCUGAUUCGCAUGCGAAAUGUACAUAUACAAUGAGAAGAGAUUGUUCCAAGUGACUUAUCGGUGUAGAUGAUCAAGGAAAAUAGGUUUCUCCAUUUAACAGAGAGAGGAGUUUGAUUGAGAUGAGGCUUUCCAUGACGGGGAAGUUGAUCAUGUCAAAUUUGUACAGACAUUAUGGAAGCCUGUUUUCUUAUUUACACUUGGCUCUUUCUUUUUCUUUUUUUGGUGUAUCUGUUUAUUCUUGACAUUUUCAACAAAAGCUAAUCAAUUCAGUUCUCUACAAAA